AUGGAGGAAGUAAAAGCAGAACUUGUGAAGGACAUGAACUGCCACCAGAGAAUUCUCCUGGAUAAAGCCAUGACAGAAGCCGUGGAGUCCUACACAAAGGAGGAUGAGACUGUACCAUCUGGUUUAAAAAAGAGGCUCCGGAGACAAGCUCGGCCGCAGCGCACUGCCACUACCCAGGCCAAGCUGUCCCCGAAAGCCAUGCGGUCUUCCCCUCCGGCGCACAUGCGAAAGCAUCCCCGCGUUGGUUCGCAAAGGGGUCGGAGCUGGUCUAUCAAUGGAGACAAGCGCAACCUGUCCCGCAGCACUGGAGUGCGAAACAGACCCCGUGAGUCACUAACGGAUAGAAAGAAAGUGUUUCUGCAUCAGGCAUCAAUGCUGGAUGAAUUAAUGGAGGUGGAACACUUCCAAACCAUCUACCACAUGUUUGUGGCUGUUCUCCUUGUUUUUGUGAUCAGCACAGUUGCUGUGGAUAUUAUUGACCAGGGGAGGUUGGUUCUGGAGUUUGAUCUCCUGUUUUAUUCAUUUGGGCAGUUUGGGACUGUGGUUUGGUCAUGGAUCUGCCUGUUCAUAUAUUCGCUCCUGGUGCCCUACAAAGUGUUGUCUUUCUGGGGCUCCUGGUAUCCAAAGUCAAAGCACAAGCUCCUGCUAUCCACCUGUCUGGGGAUAUUCCUGCUUGUGAGCCAGACGUGUGUACUCUGCAUUUUCCCCAUCUAUGUGGUAAACCAUUACCGGCUGCCUCCAGCUUCGAGCUUCAUUGUCAUUCUGGAACAGGUUCGCUUCCUAAUGAAGACUUACUCUUUUUGUAGAGAGACAAUUCCAGUUGUGCUACAGGAUGAAAAGAAAAAUGCCAAGAUACCUUCACUUUCAAGUUAUCUUUAUUUUCUCUUCUGUCCAACACUGGUUUACAGAGACAGCUAUCCAAGGACACCAUACAUAAGGUGGAAAUAUGUGGCUAAGAACUUUGCCCAGUUCCUUGGCGGUGUAUUUUUUUUGUACUUUAUCAUGGUCACACUCUGCAUCCCGGUAUUCAAAAAAAUGAGCAAGCAGCCAUUCAGUACCAAGACCUUGGUGCUUUCCAUCUUCCAUGCCACCCUGCCUGGUGCCUUUAUGCUGCUAAUCUCAUUCUUUGCAUUUCUGCACUGCUGGAUGAACGCAUUUGCUGAGAUGCUCCGCUUUGCAGAUCGCAUGUUUUAUAAGGACUGGUGGAAUUCCAAGUCCUUCUCCAACUACUUCCGCACAUGGAAUGUGAUCAUCCAUGACUGGUUGUAUUAUUAUGUCUACCAGGAUCUGCUAUGGCUGCUCAGGAAGCGUUUUCGCACAGGAGUGAUGCUCGCUGUAUUCCUCAUCUCUGCCACUGUACAUGAAUAUGCUUUAACAAUGUCUCUUGGUUUCUUUUACCCGGUCAUGUUCUGCCUUUUUGCUCUUUUUGGAGGCAUAUUUAAUUUCAUGAUGAAUGAUAAACGGACCAGCCCAAUUUGGAAUGUGAUGUUAUGGACCUUCCUCUUCAUUGGUCAGGGGAUCCAGCUGUGCUUAUAUUGUCAGGAGUGGUACGCCCAGAUCCACUGCCCCCUCACAGAGAAAACAUUCUGGGAACUGGUUACUCCACGCUCAUGGUCAUGCAGUUUAUGA